UUGUAAUAUGUUUUUCUUAAACAUCUUCUCAUUACUUUUUACUCUUUAUAGUCAAGCAUUUUGGUUAUCAUCUCUUCUAUCGAAGCAUUAUAUUUCUUUGACAUGCGAUUUAACUCAAUCUACUUUAUUAUCAACUUUUGUGCAUCUUCGUCCAGAUGAGCAUUUUUUACAGAAACUACAGAAAAUACCACAAGAGGUCGAUUUUAUUGUAAUUGGAGCUGGCUCUGCAGGAUGUGUUCUCGCCAAUCGAUUAUCAGAAAAUAAAAAUUGGAAUGUUCUUCUGCUUGAAGAAGGUGGCGAGGAACCUCUAGUAUCAAGUAUUCCAGGAUAUUUUUUAAUGAAUGGAGAGUUACCAAUUGUUCGACAUUAUAAAACUGUGACAAAUGGCGAAUUUUGUUCAUCGACUAAUGGAUGUUUGUGGCUUGCAGGCAAAGUAAUGGGUGGUUCAAGUACAAUUAAUGGAAUGAUAUACUUAAGAGGUCACCGAGACGAUUAUAACAAUUGGAAUACUUUAGGAAAUUCAGGCUGGAAUUAUGAUAAUGUAUUGCCAUUCUUUAUAAAGUCAGAGGACAAUAGGGAUGAAGAGAUAGUAAAACAGAAUCCAGGUUAUCAUGGAACUGGUGGAUAUCAAUCAGUACAAAGAUUAUCCCACAAGGACCAAACAUCAAAACACAUUCUUCAAGCUUUUCAAGAAAUUGGCUACAAUAGUACAGAUUUGAACGGAGCUAAUCAACUCGGAUCGAUGCGGAUGCAAGCAACAUCGAACAAUGGAUUAAGAGCAAGUACAAAUGUUGCAUUCAUUCGACCAAUUAGAAACAAGCGACGCAAUCUAAUAAUAAGAACGAAUUCCCGAGUGGUGAAAAUUAUAAUUGACGGGGAAAAAAGAGCAAUUGGUGUAGAAUUCGUUUCAACAGAAACAGGAGCAACCGAAAUUGUCACAGCAAAAAAAGAAGUGAUCCUAUCAGCCGGAACAAUAGAAUCACCAAAAUUACUAAUGCUCUCCGGAAUAGGUCCAGCAGAUGAACUCGAAAAGCAUCAUAUCAAUUUGAUACAAAAUUUAUCCGUAGGACAUAAUCUCCAGGAUCAUGUAUCAUUUGUGGGUAUUAAGUACCAAAUAAACGAUCCAACAACAAACUAUCCGGAUUGUACCAAACGAGAAGCGGAUUUAAAACAGUAUCUUAAAUUCAAAAAUGGUCCACUUGCAUCCGGUAGUACUGGUCACACUUCUGCUUGCUUACAGACAAACAGUGUAAAAAAUUCAUCAUCACCGGAUUUCAUGGUAGUAACAGUUCCAAUAGGCAAACAUGUCGAUUCAAGCGUUUACUACAAUAGUUUCAUCCAAGGAGCAUUUUUACUAACACCAAAGAGUCGAGGUUUCAUAAAACUCAACGCAACUGAUCCUGUUUGGGGCAAUCCGAUAAUUAAUCCCAGAUAUUUGUCAGAUGAAUCAGAUAUGGAUCGAUUGAUGGAAGGAACUCGUAUUAUUUUGAAAUUAAUGAAUACGACGGUAUUUAGGGAGAAUAAUAUUGUGAUUGAUGAAACAGUUUUGCCAGUUUGUGAGCAGUUUCAAUUUAAUAGUGACGAUUAUUGGCGGUGCUUGGCUAGGCAGAACACGCACACCUACUUUCACUAUGUUGGAACUUGUAAAAUGGGGCCAAAGAACGAUUCGGAAGCUGUAGUGGAUUCUAGACUACGUGUUUAUGGAAUUAGAGGCUUGCGUGUUGCUGAUGCUUCGAUAAUGCCUGUUAUUCCUCGAGCUAAUACAAAUGCACCGACAAUUAUGAUUGCCGAGAAGGCUAGUUCAAUGAUCAAGGAAGAUUGGAUGUAGAUUUUUUCAAUUUAAUGAAAAAUAAUUUAGUAUUGUUUAAAUUAUUUCUAAUUAAUGCUAGUGAAUUAAUAUUUUAUGAGCGUUAUUUAGAAUUUUUGCGGUAUUUUACUGCACUAGAGCAUGUUUUGA